AUGUCCCACCAACCAGUUAGCUGCCUGACUGAAAAGGGGGACAGCCCCAACGAAACCACAGGAAAUGGACCCCCCAGUCUGGCUCACCCGAACCUGGACACGUUCACCCCACAUGAGCUGCUGCAGCAGAUGAGAGAGCUUCUAAUUGAGAACCAUCAGCUGAAAGAAGCCAUGAAGCUGAACAAUCAAGCUAUGAAAGGGCGAUUUGAGGAGCUUUCAGCCUGGACAGAAAAGCAGAAGGAAGAACGCCUUUUUUUUGAGACCCAGAGCAAAGAAGCCAAAGAGCGCCUAACGGCACUGAGUCUUGAAAAUGAAAAACUGAAGCAGGAACUCGGAAAACUAAAAGGGAAAACUGAAAGGUCAUUCGAGGUCCCCAAGGCAGAAGCAGAACAGGAAGUGGAACAGCUGAAGACCCAGGUGGCACGCCUUCAAGCUGAAAAGGUCGAUCUGCUGGGCAUCGUGUCUGAAUUACAACUCAAGUUGAACUCAGGUGGCCCCUCCGAAGACUCCUUUGUUGAAAUCAGGAUGGCUGAGGGAGAAGCAGAUGUGGCAACGAAAGAAAUCAAGCCAAGUCCUGGGCCCACAAGAACUGAUUCCAUUGACACGUAUUUGGAGAAAGGCCGGAGCAAAUCUGCAGAAGGUGCCAGGAAUUAUUUGGAAUUUGAGGAAUUAACUGUGAGCCAGCUCCUGCUUUGUCUAAGGGAAGGAAACCAGAAGGUGGAGAGACUUGAACUUGCCCUCAAUGAAGCCAAAGAACGAAUUUCUGAUUUUGAAAAGAAAGCGAAGAAUCAUUGUGAGAUUGAGACCCAGACAGAGGGGCACACAGAACAAGAGAAAGAAGAGGAGAAAGGCACAGAAACUGUUGGAAGUGAAGUGGAAACGUUGAACCUUCAGGUGACAACCCUGUUUAAGGAGCUUCAGGAGGCUCACACGAAACUCAGUGAGGCUGAGCUAAUGAAGAAGAGACUUCAGGAAAAAUGUCAGGCCCUUGAAAGGAAAAACUCUCCAACCCCAUCAGAGCUGAAUGAAAAGCAAGAGCUUGUUUAUAAUAACAGAAAGUUAGAGCUCCAAGUAGAAAGCAUGCGAUCAGAAAUCAAAAUGGAGCAAGCAAAAACAGAAGAUGAAAAGUCCAAAUUAGCCACUCUACAGUUGACACACAACAGGCUUCUUCAAGAAUACAAUAAUGCACUGAAAACAACUGAGGAACUAAAAAGAAGAGAGUCGGAAAAAGUGGAUAAGGUGGUGCUGCAGGAACUGAGUGGAAAGCUGGAACUGGCAGAGAAAGCCCUGGCUUCCAAGCAGCUCCAAAUGGAUGAGAUGAAGCAGACCAUCGCCAAGCAGGAGAAGGACCUGGAAACCAUGGCUGUUCUCAGGGCUCAGAUGGAGGUUUAUUGUUCUGACUUUCAUGCUGAAAGAGCAGCAAGAGAGAAGAUUCAUGAAGAAAAGGAGCAAAUGGCAUUGCAACUGGCAAUUUUGCUGAAAGAGAAUAAUGCUUUUGAAGAUGGAGGCAGGCAGUCCCUGAUGGAAAUGCAGAGCCGUCAUGGGGCGAGAGCAAGUGACGCUGACCAGCAGGCUUAUCUCGUUCAAAGAGGAGCUGAGGAUAGAAACUGGAUGCAGCAGGAACAACAGAAUAUUCCAAUUCAUUCUUGCCCCAAAUGUGGAGAAGUUCUGCCCGACAUAGAUACACUACUGAUUCAUGUUACGGACUGCAUCAUUUAA